AUGGCCGUCAUCGACAUCAAGACCAAAGCCCAGUUCGACGAACUCACCAAGGCAACUCCCUACGUCGCCCUCCAAGCCCACGCAACCUGGUGCGGCCCCUGCAAGGCCAUCUCCCCCAUGUUCAACAAGCACGCCGAAGCCUUCUCCAACGACAAAUACACUUUCGCCCGCUUCGAUACCGACGAGGUGCCUGACUUGGCGUUUGAGCUCGGCAUUCGCAGCAUUCCGGCGUUUUUCAUCUUCGAGAAUGGGGAUAAGGCUGAUACCUUGACGGGCGCGAACCCGCCUGCGCUGCAGAAGUUGACGGCGGCGGUUGCGGAGAAGAGCAAGGCUGCUGGUGAGCUCAACACCACCGAGGACUUUUAA